CUCUUCUAGAUUAAUGUAACCGAAUCAGCCCUAAUAGGGUAUGUUGUUGUAAUCUAUCCCCAUGUGCGGGCUGGAUCAAUUUAGAUCGUAUUUUGAACUCCUUCAAUCAGCUAUGUCCAAUAAAUCGUGCAUAGGGUCUUCAAAAACACUGUUGAGCAGCUGGAGAUAGCAUCACACACUGACACACCUCGCCCCCACCGCGACAGUGAUUCGGAGCGCGAGGCCCGUUCGCAGGUCACUUCUCAAUUCUCAACCUUUUCUUCUGCCGGCGUGCGCUCUCUCUCUCCUCCUCGUGCGGCAGCUGGGUGAGGUUUCCAGGUCUUGGUCUUGUCAUUCGCCAGCGACGAGACUCACCAGGUUUGCAUUGAUCAGUAUGGUGACUGAAAAUGCAGAUGAAGAACGUGACACUGGUCCAGAAAAUAAGUUAAGACACAAUUUUCGAUUGGGAGAUAUAACAUGGGUUAAGUACAAUGGCUCUUCAUGGUGGCCAUCCCAGGUCAUUGAUGAAUCAUGUGUUGGUAGCAAGCCUAAGAAGAAAGACAAGUAUGAUUGCCUAGUUCGGCUCUAUGGAACAUGUCAAUAUUUAUAUGUAGACCCUUGGAAGUCUAACUCAGAAUUUGAAAUGAUGCUGAAGCAAGAAAACAAGAGCGCAAUGGAAGCAUUCCGUGAGGUGCUUGAGAAGGAGCUCUCUGGCGUUAACUUGCGCAGUGAUUAUGAGGAUGGUUAUGAAGAGGAAGAUGUCAACUCAAAAGGCGGUGACAACAAAGGGACCUCAAAGAAGACCUCUUCUAGAAAAGCCAGAAAACAAGAAGGUCUGAAGCAACAAUAUAAUGGAGAGGAAGACCAAAAUGGUGGGAGCAAUGCAACUACUGGAGGUGCUCGGAAAAAAAAGGGUGGGCAUGUAAGACAAUCAAGUGCUACUCAUGAUGCCAUUGAUAAAAAUUAUAGUGGCAGUUCAGCUGAAGGUUUAAGGAACAAGAGACAGAAGUCUGCUGCUCAAAGCGCUUCGGUAGGCAGAAGGGAAGGGUUGAGGCAACGAUCUGAUGCCAAGCAACAUCCAGAUGCAGCCGAGGGCAGUACAGAACCACUCGCUGAUGUACCUGGAAGCGAUGGUGCAGCUCAAGGUUCAAUGCAACAUGGAACUUCGGCUCCUCAUACCGAAAUAAAAGCGAUGGUCAGGAACAUACUGUUCAAGGACAUCGUUGACAAGGAGCACGAUGCUGAGAUGGCUUAUGUGGAAGAAGUGAUCAAUGGCAUCUGUAACGCUACUGACAGCAUGGUCGGCGGCGGCGGCGGUGAUGCUUCCGCGAAAGGUGGACGAGGCUCCAAGCAGAGCGGCAGCGGAGUGGAGGGUGAGUCUAGCAAUGCCACAGAAAGGCGAAGAGAUGAAGCAACUGAGAAUGCCCUCGCCGUGAAAGGGAAUACCCCUGGGAACAAUGGCGAUGACGCCGGGGCAGCUUAGCGCACGCCAAAAUAGGCAGAACAGGAUCAUGCAAACCCUAGCUCUGAUCCCUCCAUCAGGAUCUCCGUUUGGCAGGAAUGAAGAGGUUGCAGCCAGCCGUCAAAAACUCUAAUUCACUUAUGAGCGCCCUAAGAAACAGUCCGUGAGCCCCCCUAGCGUUUUGCAGUCCUGUCCUCUGCGCACCAUGCCUAGUAUCGCUGCUGCCAUUCAGCUUGCUUUUGGGAGACGCCUAUAUAUUGCGCCUGAUCUGCUGAAUUACGUAGCAGUUGCUAUUAAUCUAUCCAGAAGACUUGGACUGAGUUUGAUUGCUAUGUAACCACGCGGUUGGUUCUGUACUUCUACGCAACUGUGCGACAUUGGCCAAUGUGGUGCCGUUGAACCUUAUGUAUUAUUGUGCACCCCCAUCACCAUGUUAUUACUAGCCCCCUUCGGCAUUUCAGUUCA